AGGUGUAGUCCAUCCGUAAGAUGACUGAACUUCAAAAAUCCUCAAUGAUUUCAGAAACAACUCCUCUGCAGGAAACCGUACUUAACAAUACCUCAUACAUGUCACUUAACAAAGAUAAUAACCUUAACAAUAAAAAUUCUAAGAGAGAAAAUUUAAGAAAGAAGUCGAUUGCUAUGGACUGUUUAAAUAAUAAAAAUCAUAAGGUUUCUACAUUAACCGUAUCAAGUAUUGAUUAUGACUGUAAUUAUAUAGAGAAUGAUCUAUCAAACCAAUCUACCUUAAGCAAAAAUUCGAAAGAUUCGUUGUUUUAUCAUGAGCCGUACGAAGUUAGACAUAAACAACCCAUAAUGGGUAAAACUGCUCUCUUACGUAGAUCACAAGUUGAUCCAUCUGAUUCUUUUAUAAUUCAAAGCAUUAUUUUAAACAAAUACGAAAAUACUUUAAACUACUACGUUAACAGGAUGUACAGCAGGAGACAGUCAAGAAUGAGCAAUGUGGAAGAUGAAAAUAAUGACGAUACUGUAAACGCUUUUCGGGAUUCUCCAGCUGACUUAAGUGCUCUUGACGCGAGUGAAUUAAACGAUUCUUUUGUGAAUAAAGAAUUUCACUUAAGGCAUUGUGCAGAUAGUUUCAAUGACGACUGUGAUAGAGAAGUGUUAAAUAUGUCAACUUGUAGUACAGAAAUAAUAGAUGUAAUUUCAACUUGUUCCGAGUAUGAUCCAAAGAGAUUUCUGGUUAAUGCAUUGGGAGAAUUGAACAAUGAAAACUGCAAUGCUACCGUAAAUACACAACACUGCGAUGAAAGUGUUGGAACAUCGCAUCUUUCAUCUUUACUCUCCACAAAUGAUUCUAUGAAACGAAAACUAAAACGAAAAAAAUCGCAUGAUGUAUUAUCAGAAGAUUGCAGUGAAAACGGAAGUACAGAUUCCAUAAUUGAGCAGUACAAACAAGAGUUGUUCCAACAGCACUCUACCAUAUUCCAAGUAACCAAAGCGCUCAAAUAUUGUAAAGCAUCGAAACAAUUUAUUGCUGGAAAGGAGAGGAUUGAAGCAGAAAAGAUUCUUCUAGUUGCUACUAUUGCAAAAGAAGCUCUCAUAAAGGAAAUAAGUAUAAUGGAAAGUGACACGAGCUCAUUUGCAGCGGACUUCAGAUGUACAGGAGAAGUAAUAUUUUCUGACUUUGCACUUAACUUAAGACCAAAGCCAUAUGACGAAAAACUUCAGGAUUGUGAAGAAUACUUUUUAUUAAUUAUGAAAUGUGGAAAAACUGUCUUAUCUAGUGAUAUAUUGAGAGAAGUGAAGAACUCGAUAUAUAUUUCGAAGGAGUAUAAGUUUUCUGAGUUACAUUCUAACUUUGAAGUUGACAUUAGAGUUUAUUCUUUAGCUGUUGAAAAUAGGGAUACAAACAAGGAUAUUUAUUGCCCAUCGCCUAAAAGUAUAUUAAAAUGUAAUAAAAAUCCCAAACCAACUAGGUUCAUUCCUACAGAAAACGUUGCAUUUACUCCUUUAGGCAAGAGCUGCAUAAAAAACACAGACAUUCCAAAAUCCAAAAAUGGACAAGUACAAAUGAAAUGGAAACUUUUAUCAAAUUCCUCUCUACAGCAAACUUUUAACGUAAAAAUUAAUUCAAAUUUCCAGUUAUUCAAUAAACUAAACGGUUUCCUCACUCUUGCAAUAGAUCGGGGAGUUAUUAAUUGGAAUAGAAGGUGGUGUGUGUUAGAAGGAUUUGUUUUAAAAUAUUGGAAUUAUCCUUCCGAAGAGUCCUCGGAGCCUAUAGAUAUUGUGGAUAUUAGAUAUUGUACAGUGGAACAUGUCGCACUAGCAGAUAGAAGUACUUGUGCCCGAUCUCGAACACUCUUAUUGCCAAUAAAAUACCCAAAUGGAUUAAAAAUGUACUUCUUGUCAGCUGACAGUCAAGCAGAGUUAGAAUUGUGGGAAAAUGAUAUUAAUUUUGUAGUUCGGUCAUUGCUAUUGUGGGGAGCUAUGAAAAAUAAGGUUUUUUAAAUGUCUGAUGUAGAUUCUUUG